AUGGUGGGAGUGAUGUUCGUUGCAUCGGAAAGACUACGAAGGCCAAAAUCAACAGUGAAAUUGCCGCCAGGACCGCCUAAAUUGCCGAUAAUUGGGAACUUGUACCAGAACCUGCGCCAGCUCGGUGGUGGUAAUGAAUUGAUCCACAUCACCUUAUUCAAAAUGUCACAGAAGUAUGGUGGGGUUAUGACAGUGUGGUUAGGCAUGAAACCGACUAUUAUCGUAAGCAAUCAUGAAGGAGCUUGGGAGGUUCUUGUAAACAAGUCCUCCGACUAUGCAUCACGAAUGGUCCCUUACAUGUCUAAAUAUGUCACUGCUAACUGGACAACGCUUUUCUCCUCCGAUCAUGGUCCAUACUGGCAAUCCCUUCGAAAAGGCGUCCAGGCCUUUGCUAUGAAUCCAUCAGCCAUCUCUACUCAAACAGUGUCUCAAGAAAAUGAAGCGGUUGUCAUGACACAAACAAUCCAAGAACAAGCUAUGACCAAUGGCGGAAUUAUCCGCCCCUUGGUCUACAUUCGACACAACACAAUACGGGUGGUUGGGCGCCUUUGUUUUGGCCCUGACUUCAACAAUGAGGGAUUUGUUAUUGGCAUAGACCCUCUUAUCGACGAUGUCAUCAGCCUAUCCAGUCUUGCCCAUUUUUCCGAUGCUUUUCCCUUCAUUCGCUACAUCCCGGGCCUGCGGGGUUCAUUUUGA